CUGAAGAGGAGGUUACAGGUUAGAAAGUGAGGGGAACCUGAAGAGUGAGAGUGCCUCAGUGAACCCCAGACCGUCGUCGCUGCAGGAUAGGAUACACCAGGCAGGCUGCAGAGGACGCCACUAUGACGACGACGGCCAAGAGGAAGAUACGCAAGGCGUCGGAUACGGACCGAGGACCGAAAGACCCGGCGGAGUAUGGGAUCGCCUGGGCCAAGACGCUGUACACGGCGUCGCUGCUGCUAGCAGAGCUGCUACUGCUGGCCUUCAGACUGCUGAUCUGCUCACUAGAGUCGCUGUACAACCUGCUGCUACCCCCAGUGGAGAAGUCACUGGCCAAUGAGAUCGUACUGGUGACAGGUACCGGACACGGUAUCGGGCGAGAGUUGUGUUUCCAGUUCGCACCUCAUGGCUGCACUGUCGUCUGCUGCGACAUUGACGAGAAGGGUAAUGAAGAAACUGUCAGACUGCUGGCCAAACUAGGCUACACCAAGAACAUACAUGCGUACACAUGUGAUGUCUCCAACAGAGCUGCGGUCUUGGCCAUGGCGGAGAAGGUACGACAGGAGGUUGGUGAUGUCACAGUGUUGGUUAACAACGCUGGUAUCAUGCCGUGUCACCCUCUGUCUGGACACAAGCCUCAGGAGAUUGAGAAGAUCUUUGAUGUCAACGUCCUCGCUCACUUCUGGACCCUAGAAGCGUUCUUGCCCUCGAUGGUUGCCAAGAACCACGGCCACGUUGUCGCCCUCUCCUCCAUGUGCGGAGUCAUGGGAAUCCCCAACGUGGUGCCUUACUGUGCCUCCAAGUUCGCCGUCAGAGGUCUGAUGGAGGCUCUCUACGAGGAGAUGAGGGCGUCAGACAACACUACGAGGAAGUCUCAGAUCAAGUUCACCACCGUUUACCCCAUCAUGGUGGGCACAGGGUUGGUGAAGAGGCCGAGGAACAGGUUCCCAGCUCUUCUGGCACUUCUACCUCCAGACAGAGUCGCCUCUAUGAUAGUCAAAGCCAUGAGAAGAAACUACAAGGAACUGAGCCUUCCUCCUCCGAUGCUCUUUGUCGACCGAGUCUCGAGAUUACUACCCAGCAAAUUUAUCCAACAUUGCAAGGACUUUUUGGACACUGGAGUUGAUCCUGUAGAUUGAAAAGUCUCCACAAGUACAACAAUGUCUGUCAAUGCAAUUCUACCACCAGUAAACAGUGCUACCAACAUUAGCACUGAACUACCAAAGACAAAGUGCUCCAACAAUGCUUCAGUGCUACCAAUACAUCAACAAUUACAGUACUACCAUGUAAUGUUAUGUAUUGUUGAACUGUGUACCUGUGAAGAAUCAAAAUGUUAAACAUCUUGAGUCGAACAAGAGGUUUUCAAGUAUCACCCAAGUGGUUUCAAACACAUUAAAAAAGAAACUCCAGUUUUAAAGGUGAUUAACAAUGAUCAACCAAAUCAGUCUUAAACUAUAUAUUUUUUGUUAAGUGGCAAACAUUUUAAAUCCAGUUCCAGAAGUAUAAAAACUAAGAAUAAAGUUUUUUUCUAAAUUUAGUUGAAUAACAUUUGUUUUUUUUUUCAAAACCCUGAAAUGUAAAUUCCACGUUCCAUGACAAAAUUAAAAUGUUUGUGAUCUAGAAUGUAGUUAAGUUUUUAACCAGUUAAAUUACUUAUUUUAACUAGAGAAUAGCAUAUUUUUAAAUGUCUUGAGAGGAAAUUUAUGAUGUAGCCUAUUGUAUCUCCAGACCAAAGGAUGAUAUUGAUUGUUGCCAGUAAAAGUUUCCUUAGAACAAUACAGUUUUCUAAUUACAAUUACAAAUCGUAUGUAUUGUUAUUUACAUUGUAUAAUAAUAGGUCUAAGUUAUUUUAUAAAAUAAAACAAAAAUAAGUAUGUA